CCCAAGAAUGUGAAGGUGGGGCGUUUUGCAAUAUUCAGGAAAUUGUCAUUUUUCUAUUUAUCUCAGAGUAGAGAUGUACAAAUGUAUUUCCUUUUUUUCUUAGCGUGCUUACACUUCUAAGAACUCUUUGAAUGGUUCCCUAUUCAACAUAAUGAUGACGAGAAAACCCAACCAACCUCAACCCCCAAAGAGAAGAGGAAAGGUCCGUGCUAGUGCCAGUGGGCAAAUUGACUCACUGGACAACAAUACCAUGACUGACUCAGAGACAGUUCCUCCAUCACAAAUGAGGCACCUGACCAUGAUGCAGCAUGGCGACAACCUCCUCAAGUUUCUAAACGAGGACCGAACGAAGCAGAGGUUCUGCGACGUCUCCGUCAGUGUGGGCGGGAAGCGCUACAGGGCCCACAAAGCCAUGUUGGCGCACGGUAGCAGCUACUUCCACGCCGAGCUGACCAAAAACCCAACCGCCGAUCACGUGAUUCUCGACCACGUGGAGGAUUCCGUGUUCCAACACUUACUGCACCUCCUUUACACGGCCGAGUGCGUCAUUCCCGAGAGCGAGGUCCCUGCCCUGACUGAAGCGGCCGGCUUCCUGGACAUGAUGGAUGUAGUGAAGCUCCUGGCAGGAGAGGGGGAUGGCCGGCCAGCGCUUGCCCGAGAGGAGGUUAAGUCCGUGGGGGAACCAAGCUCAGAGAAGACCUCUAUAGCUUCUGACCUUCCAUCGGACUGUGUCGGGGUCCAAAGCCCAGUCCAUUCUGGUGCCCACCAUUGUUCGUUCUGCAGCCGCACGUUUUGCUACAAGAAGUCUCUGGAGAACCAUUUAAACAGGAACCACAGUAGCAACACCGAAGUAGACGCCAGAGAAAAGGUGGUUAAUCAAGAGGUUACUACCAUGGUAACCACGACCCGGAGGUCUGCCCGCAGGAGGAGAGUUCCCGCUAAAUUGGAGAGAGGGGACGCGGACAGCUCCGGCGCAACAGAGGGGACGCUACAUCAAGACCCCGCUAGUCGAGACCCAACCACCACAGAGGAAGACGACGAGGAAGAAGAAGAAGAUGGGAGAAAACCAAAGCACAUAUCCGACACAGGAGAUGCACUCACCCCAACCGAGGGUGAGGAGGCGGAAGAGGAGAGGGAGGAGGAGAUGGUGGAGGAACGUCAAAGUGCGUUAGUACGGAGAGCAAGAGAGAGCGGUGAGAGUUCAGAGGUGGAGACAACAGAACACCACACAGUCAAUGAGGUGGAGGUAUAUAGUCAGGCUGCCAAUGGUUCUAACUAUGGAGCAGUGUACCCAGAGGGACUGGCUCCUGUCAUCAUCCAGAGCGUAAGCAAGAAGACGCUCAAGUGCCCCAAGUGUGACAAGACCUUUGACCGCACAGGGAAGUAUGAGAGUCACACCAGGGUACACACGGGAGAGAAGCCCUUCCAGUGUGACGUGUGUCUGCAGUGUUACUCCACCAAGUCAAACCUCACUGUACACAAGAAGAAGCACGCCAGUGACGCCCCCUUCCAGAAGAAGGACCACAAGUGCUCCUUCUGCAACAAGCUCCACGCCAGCAAAAAGACCCUCGCCAAACACGUCAGAAGGUUCCACCCGGAUCACAUUCAGGAGUUCCUGGCCAUGAGGAGGAAGAAGAACGAUGGAUGGAAGUGUGAUAUCUGCCACAAGUCUUUCACACGUAGACCCCAUCUGGAGGAACACAUGAUUCUACACACGCAAGACCGACCCUUCAAAUGUGCCUUCUGCGACGACUACUUCAAGUCCAGGUUUGCCCGCUUGAAGCAUCAAGAAAAGUACCAUUUAGGUCCGUUCCCAUGUGACAUCUGUGGCCGCCAGUUCAACGACACGGGUAACAGGAAGAGGCACAUUGAAUGUACACACGGGGGCAAGAGAAAAUGGACCUGCUUAAUCUGUGGGAAGUCAGUGAGGGAGAGGACAACGUUGAGAGAACAUUUGCGGAUUCACAGCGGAGAGAAACCUCACCUCUGCAGUAUCUGUGGACAGAGUUUCCGCCACGGCAGCUCUUAUAGGCUUCAUCUUCGCGUCCACCACGACGACAAGCGCUACGAGUGUGACGAAUGCGGAAAGACGUUCAUACGCCACGACCAUCUGACCAAACACCAGAAGAUACACUCGGGGGAGAAAGCCCACCAGUGUGAAGAGUGUGGGAAGUGUUUCAGGCGUCAUGAUCACCUGACCGUCCAUUACAAAAGUGUCCACCUGGGAGAGAAGGUGUGGCAGAAGUAUAAAACAGCUGUGCAUCAGUGUGAGGUCUGUAAGAAGGAGUUCAAAGGGAAGUCCAGUCUGGAGAUGCACUUCAGAACACACUCAGGUGAAAAACCUUACCGAUGCCCCGUGUGCCAACAGACGUUCCGCAUUAAGAAGACCCUCACCAAGCACAUGGUGAUCCACUCGGAUGCCCGCCCCUUUAACUGCCCGCACUGCAGUGCCACCUUUAAGAGGAAAGACAAGCUGAAGUAUCAUAUGGACCAUGUACACGGUGCUAAGUCCACUGAGCAGCAGCAGCACCACCAGCAGCAGCACCGCCAGCAGCCUCCGGUGGUGCAGACAGAGGAUAAGAUGGUGACUCUGCCUUAUAAUACCCACGGCCCCUCCAAAGUGUACCGGGCUGAACCCAAGACCGUUCUCCAGAAUGUCCCCUCCGAUGUGUGUGUGCCUGUCACGCUGGUGCCCGUCCAGAUGCCCAGGGUGGUCUCGGGGGUACAGGGUGACCUGAGGGGACACGUAACCUGCCCACCCCAAGGUCAGGGGCAGCAGCAGACAGCUGGGGGGUACCAGACUGCCACAGAGCUGGCGUUCCUGGAGAAGUACACGCUUACCCCCCAGCCGGCCAACAUUGUUCACCCGGUGCAGCCUGACCAGAUGUUGGACCCCAGGGAUCAGUCGUACCUGGGCACCCUGCUGGGCCUGGACUCUGCCACCCCCGUCCAGAACAUCUCCAACUCGGACCACGUCGCCCAUUGAUAAUGCCUCUCUAUACUUCUCUUUUGGCAACAUUUUAUUUAAAGGGUACCGACAUAAGGACAUUAUAACACAUUUAUAACCCAUACAGUACACAUUUAUAACCCAUACAGUACACAUUUAUAACCCAUACAGUACACUUUUAUAACCCAUACAGUACACAUUUAUAACCCAUACGAAACUGUAUGAGCCCAUAGAGGUAACGUUUAUUUGAAGGGUGCGGUUGUUAACAUAAGCAUUCACAAAAUGCUCUUGCCCUGCUUAUGCAUGGCUUAUGUAUAGUUUAUGAAUGGGUUAUGAAUCUGUUAUGAAUCUGUUAUGAAUGGGUUAUGAAUCUGUUAUGAAUGGGUUAUGAAUCUGGUAUGAAUGGGUUAUGAAUGGGUUAUGUAUGGGUUAUGUAUGGGUUAUGAAUCUGUUAUGAAUGUGUUAUGAAUCUGUUAUGAAUGGGUUAUGAAUCUGUUAUGAAUGGGUUAUGUAUGGGUUAUGAAUCUGUUAUGAAUGGGUUAUGAAUCUGUUAUGAAUCUGUUAUGAAUGGGUUAUGAAUCUGUUAUGAAUGGGUUAUGUAUGGGUUAUGAAUCUGUUAUGAAUGGGUUAUGAAUCUGUUAUGAAUCUGUUAUGAAUGGGUUAUGAAUCUGUUAUGAAUCUGUUAUGAAUCUGUUAUGAAUGGGUUAUGAAUCUGUUAUGAAUCUGUUAUGAAUGGGUUAUGAAGUUUUUAUGAAUGGGUUAUGAAUCUGUUAUGAAUCUGUUAUGAAUGGGUUAUGAAUCUGUUAUGAAUGGGUUAUGAAUCUGUUAUGAAUGGGUUAUGAAUGGGUUAUGUAUGGGUUAUGAAUAUGUUAUGAAUGGGUUAUGAAUCUGUUAUGAAUAGGUUAUGAAUCUGUUAUGAAUCUGUUAUGAAUCUGGUAUGAAUGGGUUAUGAAUGGGUUAUGAAUCUGUUAUGAAUGGGUUAUGUAUGGGUUAUGAAUCUGUUAUGAAUGGGUUAUGAAUCUGUUAUGAAUGGGUUAUGAAUCUGUUAUGAAUGGGUUAUGUAUGGGUUAUGUAUGGGUUAUGAAUGGGUUAUGAAUCUGUUAUGAAUCUGUUAUGAAUCUGUUAUGAAUGGGUUAUGAAUCUGUUAUGAAUGGGUUAUGUAUGGGUUAUGAAUCUGUUAUGAAUGGGUUAUGAAUCUGUUAUGAAUCUGUUAUGAAUGGGUUAUGAAGUUUUUAUGAAUGGGUUAUGAAUCUGUUAUGAAUCUGUUAUGAAUGGGUUAUGCAUGGGUUAUGAAUCUGUUAUGAAUGGGUUAUCUAUGGGUUAUGAAUCUGUUAUGAAUGGGUUAUGUAUGGGUUAUGAAUCUGUUAUGAAUGGGUUAUGAAUCUGUUAUGAAUGGGUUAUGAAUCUGUUAUGAAUGGGUUAUGAAUGGGUUAUGAAUCUGUUAUGAAUGGGUUAUCUAUGGGUUAUGAAGUUUUUAUGUAGCUAUACUUAAAAUAAAAUGCGAUCGUCCUGCUCUUUUAA